UGGCAAUGUCUCCUUGGGCCAGGCUCCUCUCCAGCACCUCCAGGGUCAGCCUGCUGCUGCUGCUGGGCUCUGUGCUCCUCUCCUGCUCCAGCCUGGGACAGAGAGUGCCUGAGUUUGCCCUUACAAAAAUAGAAGAGAGCGACAUAAAAGAUGACAGUGGGAAGGAGCUGGGGACAGGGGAUGACGCUGAUCCUGAAGACCUGGAAGUGUUUUACCCCACGGGUCAGUGGCAAACCCUGCGUCCAGGUCAGGCUGUUCCUGCAGGGUCACAUGUGCGGCUGAACCUGCAGACAGGAGAGAGAGAAGCCAAACUCCCGGACAGAGAAUAUGGGGAAGGUGACACGAGAGAAGAGAGAAGAAGAAAAAGGCUGGGCAAGGUUGAUCUCGAUGCAAAUUCAUUCACAUCUGAGGAGCUUAAAAAGGUCUUGGCUAAAAUUGAGGAAAGUGACAAGGCAGAAAGGAAGAAUAGCUUUUGUCCCAGCAACUGGGCUAAAAGCAGCUACAUCUAA